CCAUGGCCCGGGCACCGGUUCCCGGCUGAGCCAUUUUCUUUGUGACUAAAAAAAGCCCCCGCCCAGAGACCGAUUCGUCGCGGCGGCGGUGGGGAUCGCAGGUCGUUCAGGCUUGCAGAUGGGUCAGGGGCUGUGGAGAGUGGCCAGAAACCAGCAGCUACAGCACGAAGGUUACAGUGAGCAAGGCUACCUCAGCAGAGAGCAGAGCAGGAGGAUGGCUGCCAGCAGCAUUUCUAACACCAGUCAUCGGAAACAGGUCCAAGGAGGCAUCGAUAUAUAUCACCUCUUGAAGGCACGGAAAUCUAAAGAACAGGAAGGAUUCAUUAAUUUGGAAAUGUUGCCCCCCGAGCUAAGCUUUACCAUCUUGUCCUACCUGAAUGCGACUGACCUCUGCUUAGCUUCAUGUGUUUGGCAGGACCUUGCAAAUGAUGAACUUCUCUGGCAAGGGUUGUGUAAAUCCACAUGGGGUCACUGUUCCAUAUAUAAUAAGAACCCACCUCUAGGAUUUUCUUUCAGAAAAUUGUAUAUGCAGUUGGAUGAAGGCAGCCUCACCUUUAAUGCCAACCCAGAGGAGGGAGUGAACUACUUUAUGUCCAAGGGUAUCCUAGAUGAUUCACCAAAGGAAAUAGCAAAGUUUAUCUUCUGUACAAGAACACUAAAUUGGAAAAAACUGAGAAUCUAUCUUGAUGAAAGGAGAGAUGUCUUGGAUGACCUUGUAACAUUGCAUAAUUUUAGAAAUCAAUUCUUGCCCAAUGCACUGAGAGAAUUUUUUCGUCAUAUCCAUGCCCCCGAAGAGCGUGGGGAGUAUCUUGAAACUCUCAUAACAAAGUUCUCACAUAGAUUCUGUGCUUGCAACCCCGAUUUAAUGCGAGAACUUGGCCUUAGUCCUGAUGCUGUCUAUGUACUGUGCUACUCUUUGAUUCUACUUUCCAUUGACCUCACUAGCCCUCACGUGAAGAAUAAGAUGUCAAAAAGAGAAUUUAUUCGAAAUACCCGUCGUGCUGCUCAAAACAUUAGUGAAGAUUUUGUAGGGCAUCUUUAUGACAACAUCUACCUUAUUGGCCACGUGGCUGCAUAAAAGCACAAUUGCUAGGACUUCCACUAUUAACUUCAAACUAAAGUUACCCAAGGACUUAUUUAGCAGCUAUGGGGGUUACAUUAGUGCUGGUCAUCCUGGCCUCUGUAUACAAUCAAGCUUGAGUAUACACCUUUUUUUUUCCUUUUACUCUUUUCUUUUUUAGUAAUUUCCUUGGGGAGCUAAAGGAUUUUGCAGAAUUUUUCUUAAUUUUGCUUAUCAUGUUUUGCACAAAGCAGAGCCAUUGUCUGACACAGCUGUUUAAGAAUGUUAAACUGACAUUAUACUCUAAGGGAUGGUAUAUUUGUGCAUUAGAUUUGCUUGAAAAACUAUUCGUUUUCAUUCUUUUUAAAAAUACCAUGUAAUGUGUACAUAUUUAAUGAAAGAGAUUUAUAAUCAUAAUUAUUUUAUUGUAAAGAUUUUAACUAAAGCCUUUCCUUUUCUCUCAAACUGAGUUCUGAAAUUUAUUUGAUUCUGAUCUGAGCCUUUUAGUGUCUUCAUAAAAGUUGGAUCUGACUUGGAUGAAAACCAAUACCCAUUUGUCUUUCCUUUGAACUUUGAAAAGAGUAUUUAUUGUUUUGUUGCUAGUAACAAGCAAAACAGGCACUUAUUUUUAUAAUAUAAAUUCAUCACUUGACUUUCCAUUUUUAAAAGUUUCCUCAUUUGUCAUGUUUUAGUCUUGUCUCAAUAAGUCCUUUAAGCCAUUUGAGAUAGCAAAAUGUAUUAAAUCUAAGAUUUACAUACAUAGGAACAGAAUGUUAUUAGAACUUCUAUCUGAUGUCAUUUGUCAAACUUUACCAUUCUCUUGACUUGAUAAUUUGUGUUUAGAACCAGUUGAGUAAGGAAUGUUGUGAAUGGAUAAAGGUUCUUUAUUCAUUUAUUCAUUCAAUAAAUAUUUACCAAGGGCCUUCCAUGUAUUAAACACUGUGCUAGGUAAUAGUGAUACCUAGACAUGGACCCUGCCUUCAUAGAUGUUACAUGACUAGUAACAAAAGGAAAAAUACAGUCUCGUGGAGAGCAAAUGAAGAAUAGCUUAACUAAUAAUCAUUUAAUUAUGAACCACUUGGCAUUGAAAUGGUGAAGACUAGUAUAUUUAUAUGGUAAGUCAGAAGUUUUCUGGAAAUACUAAGUGCUAAGUGAAAAGCACCAGCUUUGAAAUGAGACAUUAUGUGAUGGGUCGAACUCUAGUCUGGGGGGGGGAGCUUGGAGGGGCAGAAACUUGGGCUGGAGGUGUACAAUCCUGGCUUCUUUAGAGAUCUGAUCCUAAGUAAAUAGCGGUUUGGUAACAUCUCAACUACAGUGACGUCCUACAGAAUUUUCAGCGACACGACAUAAGGUCAUCAAACAAUGUCAGAAGUCAAAGGGACUUUUAGACUGGGAGUAAACAAGUUCUCAGAUCUUGAGGCAAGUAUCUACAUUUUCACAUGUGCAUAAUUUCAAACUCCAUGACAAAAUAAUCCUUUCUAAUUUUAACUUCAAAACUAAUGUAUGGAAAAGUUUCUAAAGACACUGAUGAUAACGUUAUUGUUUCUAUUUUCCAGUGAAUGGCAGGCAUCUUGCCCUCUGUAGCUCCCCCUAUCUUGUCUUUUUUUUUUUUUUUUUCUAUCCCCAACUCUCCCUUACCAUUAGGUCCUUUCUACAUCUCUGUUUUAGCUUUACUCUCUCUUUUCUUUCCUUCUAUUUCUUCUUCUUCUUUUUUGUAUCUUCCAUUUCCCAACUUUUUCCCUUUUUCCUGUUUUAUUUUCUCCACCCUGACCUGAUUACCUGAUUAUAAAUGUAGGCCGGCAAUAUUCUUUUUUUUUUUUUUUUUUAACAUUUUCUUUGAAAUUUUUCGAACGUAUAAAAAAGAUGCAGAAAAUGCCUGUAUAACCACUGUGUAGAUUCUACAAUUACAUUGUAAUUGUACUCACUUUACCACAUAUUUGUACAUCCCCCUGUCCAUCAAUCAACCCAUCUUAUUGUUUCGAUACAGGUAAUCCCAAAUUUCAGACAUCAGUACACUUCAUUCCUAAAGCCUUCAACUUGUAUAUUGUUAGCCAGAGAGCUACUUUGUUUAAAGUUUUUUCUUUAUAGGUAAAAUUUACAUUCAAUGAAAUGCAUAAAUCUUAGGGACACGAAUCCAUGAAUCUUCAUAAAUGCAUAUACAUGAGUAAACCAAGCAUGUAUCAAGAUAAGCAACUUUAUGCAACCUGUUUAUAGGUAAUAUUUGCACUCUUCACAUAAAGUAUAAAAACCUUGUAAUCACAUACAGUGUUUACCCCAUUCUUCCAUUUGUUGCCUUACAGUUGUCAUAUGUGUUACAUAGAGUGUAUGUUAUAAACUCCACAAUGUGAUAGUUUGCUUUGAGUAGUCGUAUACAUUUUAAACAAACAAACAAAAGAAACCCUCCUUCAUAUUUACACACAUUGUCAUUUUGAAUGCUUUUAUUCCAUCCCGAAAAUCUAAGUUUCCUUGUAGUAUCAUUUAUGUCAGCCUGAAAAUUUUUAGCAUCUAUUACAGUUCAGAUCUCCUGCCAAUUUAUCAUAGUUUUCUUUUACAUGAAAAUGCCUUUAUUUUGUUUUUCUUUUUGAAGAACGCUUUUGCUGACUAUAGAAUUCUGUGUUGACAGUUUCUUCCUCUGCCCCCUUUGAUACUUUAAAGCUAUUCCUCUACCGUCUUCUGGUCUCCUCUGUUUCCAUUAAGAAGUCAGUGUAGGGGCGCCUGGGUGGCUCAGUUGGGUUAAGCGUCCGACUUGGGCUCAGGACAUGAUCUCGCGGUUUGUGGGUCCGAGACCCGCGCUGGGCUCUGUGCUGACAGCUUGCACAGAGCCUGGACCCUGCUUCUGAUUCUGUGUCUCCCCCUCUCUCUGCCCCCCCCCCCCCCCCAGUGCUCGUGCUCUGUCUCUGUCUCUCAAUAAUAAAUAAACAUUAAAAAAAAAAAAAAGUCAAUGUGUUCAACAUGUUUUCUCCCUGUGUGUAUAAUAAUGCCAUUUUCCUCUCACAGUUUUAUUUUGUCACAUAUUUUUCUGCCUCAUUUUCUCUUUCCUCUCCUUUACACAUGUGCUAGAACUUUUGAUAUCAUCUCACAGAUUUUUUAUCUUUUUUUUUCCUCUCCAACUGGAUUAUUUCUCUUGAUCUAUAUUCUAGGUCACUGACUCUUCUGUAAUCGUCCUUCUUUGAAGCCCAUUCAGUCAACUUUUUUUCUCUUAAUCAUGAUGUUUUUUGGUUCUAGAAAUUCCUUCUGGUUUUUUAUAAUUUACAUUUCUGUACCGAGAUUUCCUGUCUUCAUUUACUACAAGCACAUUUUCCCUUACAACCUUGAACAUAGUUAAAUAGCAGCUUUAAAUCUUUAUCUGCUCAUUUCAUCCUUUUGACUGUCUCUUCUUUUGAGAAUAGAUUGUAUUUUCCUGUUUGUUCAAUAUGUUAGUAAUUUAGUUUUUGUCCUGGACACGGUGAAUAAAAUAUGGUGAAACCCUGGAUUAUGAUAUAUUUCUCCAAAUAACUUUUUUUUUUUUUUUAAGCUGGGAGUUAACUGGCAGAGCUCAGUUGCAAGUUCUCACUCCCCUGAAGUUGGUGGCAGCUCAGAUAUCAGUUUACUUCUUUAACCUGGCAUCUUUUUUUGUCUGUACAGACUUCAGAGAGAAGCCAGAGUUUGGGGCACAGUUCCUACACAGAAAUCAGGGCCCUCUCUGGUUCUUUUCUUGCCAUUAUUUCUUUCUUAAUUUUCUAGCAACUGCUAUUGCCCCAAACUCUGUCCCCUGGUUCUUCAAGUCAGUGAAACCAUAGGCUAUGAUGCAGACUGGGGACUCACCCUCAUGCAGAAAGUACAAAAAUGGGAAAACUCAUCCAAUGCCGCCAUCUUCCAAGCAUUCUCUCCUCUGUAGGAUCAGCCUGUAUUGGAUUGCUUUCCAGAACUUUCAGGUAGUGGAUGUCCAUAUUUUGUCCAGAGUUUGUGGUUGUAUCUGUUCAAGGAAGAGCUAUUUGGCCAUCGUUUGAAGUAGAACCCUCUUUGAUUGGGCAGUAUUCUUUUCAAUACUUUUUAAUCCUUUUAAAAACGAUGUUUUUAUUGAUGGAGAACACAAGCAGGGAAGGGGCAGAGGGAGAGGGAGAAUCUUAAACAGGCUCCAGGCCCAGCAUGAACCGUGAGAUCAUGACCUGAGCCGAAAUCAAAAGUUGGACGCUUAACCAACUGAGCCACCCUGGUGCCUUUUUUCUCCUAUACUUACUGAAUAGGGAUUUAUCCCUGGCAUUUUAUUUUAUUUUAUUUUAUUUUUUAAUGUUUAUUUAUUUUUUUGAGACAGAGACAGAGCAUGAACAGGGGAGGGGCAGAGAGAGAGGGAGACACAGAAUCUGAAGCAGGCUCCAGGCUCUGAGCUGUCAGCACAGAGCCCGACGCGGGGCUUGAACCCGCGGACCGUGAGAUCAUGACCUGAGCCGAAGUCGGACACUUAACCGACUGAGCCACCCAGGCACCCCUAUCCCUGGCAUUUUAAAACAUAAGUAUGUUUAAAUGCUCUAGUAAAGAAAAACUAUCAUAACAAAUGUUUGCUGAAUGCUUAACUCAAUUAGAAAUUCAGUGUUUUCCAGGGGAAGUCCCACUGGCUUUUGGGGAAGGAUACUCAUUAUGGGAGACUGCUCCCUAUAGCAUAGGAAGGACAUCAACAUUCCUGGAUUUUGCCUGCUAGAUGCCAGUAGCAUCCCUCAGUAAUUGUGACGUACAAAUAGUGUUCCCCACGUAUUUCCAAGUGCGUGAAGUUGGGAACUGGUGGACCCUCUUUCUGAUCAAACAAGUUUACCUUUGUAAAACACAAACUUUUUAUGGUACAUCUGUUUAAAGUCUUUCAGUGUCUCGGUUUCUACAAAACUUCUGUACAACCUGGCCUCAGCUUAUCUUUUUUUAAAGCCUCAUCUCCAACAUUCCUCAAAUGUGGUCUGGUCUGUCUUUGCCUUUUACAAGCUGUUCUGUCUGAGAUAUCCUUCUCUCCCCUCUAUAUCUAAAGUUCCCCUACUCAUCAUCUAAGAUCCACCUCAAGUAGAAGUUAUUCAUCAAAGCUCUCAAAUACUACCUUUCUUUUAUAAGGCCUGAACUAGGUAAGUGGCAGAGGAUUUAGAAAGGAUGAAGGAAUAAAUUUUAAAAAAUACUGAAAAUUGACAGGAUUUAGUGAUUUUGGAGGAAGAUCUUUGAUUUAAGGGUCUGGUGGUCCGCUAUCAAAGGUGUAGCUGCUAAGAGAAGCAACCAGUGGAAUGAAAUGGAACAGAUAAGGAUCCCAACUUUUGGAUAUUUUGUAUUUGAAAGUAUCAAUAGAAUGUUGAUCGCAGCUGGAGAAGAAGACUAGAGUUUCAAAAACUCAGGGCUGGAUAUGUAAGUUUGGGGGACAUAUUAGCAUGUAAAAUGUGUUUGAAGUGAAGUAUUGGAGAAAACUCCUCUAAGAAGUUUGAGUAGAGAGAAGUAUUUGGAAAAAUGGCAUUAUAGGUUUUGGUAGAGGAAAAGAGGGUUUGUGAAGACGAUAGAAGGACCAGAGAAGAAUGGUAUCCCAAGAGCUAGGGCAGUGGAGCUUCAAGAAGGAUGUUGAGCUUGCGUUUGGUGCAGCCCAACCAAGUAGUUUUUUUUUUUUCCCAUCUACACUCAAGCCUCUUUGAGUCCACCUUUUCCACUUGAGGCUGAGCUCUUUAGUUAGUAGCAGUGCUAAUGGCUUUUAUAUGGUCUCUGACCAAAUAUCCUCUUGCCUGGUGUGUAAUCUGAGCUCUUCUGAAACCCACAAGAGUACAUAUGGUCCACUGCAACUCAGGCCUGUCUACACCUUCCAUCCCCACUAAGGGCUGUGCUGUUUCAAGCCCGGAACACACCAUAUCAACGGGGUACUGCUAGUGCAUUUUUCCUACACACAAUCACCAGUUACGUUUUCUAAUAUACAGAUUUUUUUUUUUUAAGAAAGGAAGGCAAGGAAAAAAUGCUUAAAACCUUUGAGUCCUCCAAAUUUAUCAUCAACAGGAUUUUUCCUAAGUACAUUUUAACACUCUCUAAUCUCGAUGAACCCUGUAUUUUCAUCUUUCCAUUAAUUUUGCUCUGUUUUCUUCUGGAAAGCGUGUAACCUCUCCCUCACAUUUACCUGUUGAAAUGUUAUUUGUCCCUCAAAGUCCUCUUAGACUCUUUCCCCUCCAGAGACAAUUCUUGCCAGUGGAAAUUUGAUUCUUAUAUCUCCCUCAGUACCUAACACAGACCUUGGCCCAGAACAGUUCCUCAAUAAAUCCAACUGAAUUAUCUUAGAUCUGGUUUAGUUUCUACAUAAGCACAUAAAAAGAUGGCUUUACUAUGCCCAUUUAACAAAUAGAUAUUUGGAGUUUUCAGUUGUAUGCAAUUUAUAAAUUGGAAUAUAUUAGAGCUCUUCAAAGUAUUUAAAACCACAAAUUCAACUAUGUAUUCUAGAUAUAUAUUCAUUUCUAGAGGGCUUCUAAUUUUAAAUAUUUCAAUGAAUUGCUAUAAGAUUGUCUUUUUUUUUUUUUUCAACUUCAAGAGUUUAAGUCAUUGAACUUGCCUACACUGAGCUUUGACAUUUUUUACAAUAGUAUAAAUAUGGUGCUCCAUGAGAGUAAGCUUAUUCAGAAGUCAACAUUUAAAAUAAUAACUUGUUUAUUGUAAUUGGAGUCUGUUUUCCUGUGUUUAAAGUGAACUUCUUAAAUAACGCUGUUCACUGCCUACUUUCUUUGGAAGCAUUCAUAAUUGAAUACGUCCACUGUGGGAAGCCAUCCUAAGGAAAUAAUCCAAAAUAGGGAAAGGGCAGUAUUUACACCAUUAGUUCUGUCGUUGUUUUUAAUUUAAG